AUGGCCCUGAUUGUUUCAAAUAUUUAAGUAGGCAAGUCUAAAUGUUUAAAUAUAAUUUAGAGUUUUUUAAAACUGAAACCGCAUAUAUAAGUUGCUACAAAAUAUCAGGUUACACUAAUUGAUUCAAGAAAAUUUGAUAAACCAGAUUUGGAUACUGCAGUGGUAUGUUUAAAUAUAUCUGAAAUUAGAAAUUCUUCGGUUUAAUAGAGAGAAAGUGGGUUUGGAAAUGA